AUGGGAUCUUCUUUUAAGUGUAUGGAUGAAUUUCGAGAUUUUCAAAAAGAAAGUAUUCAAGAGGCAUUUGAUAUGGGUGAUCUUACAACUGGUAGGGGCUUGAAUCAAGAACUUGAUCUUUCAAGAGCAUGUGAUACUCUUUGGGGAUCUCACCUUAAAUCUUUUAAUAAUAUUAUUCUGAUGUUUGGAUCUAUUCUUGAUGUUCUUGAGUCGCUUGUUCUUGAUGCACAUUCUACAAAUGAAAGAGCCAAGGCAAUGGAAUAUUUCAGGGCUUGUCAAACAUUUGAGCUUGCAAGUUAUAUUAUUGAUGUUCAUGAUGAUGAUGAAAGAUUCUCCGACCGACAUGUGCUUUGUGAUCUUUCAAAAAGAUUAGUUCAGACAAAGAAGCAUUCAAAUUAUCCUCAUGUAUUUCGCUUAGUGAAACUUGCUUUGCUUCUACCAGUUGCUACUGCAUCUGUUGAAUGA